CGCGCCUCGCGACGUCUCGCGCGUCGAUCCGACCGACGCGCGCGCGGACGGACGAAGAGCUCGGCGACGCGCGCGGCGCGGACGCACGACGAGCGCGGCGCGCGUCAUCGCGCGCGUCGCGCGCGCGCGCGGCGCGAGCGCGAGGGGCGCGCGCGACGGACGGCGACGCGCGGCGACGACGCGCGCGAUGACGAACGAGGCGAAGCGGACGAAGGCGCAGACGACGAUCGCGACGCACGACGGCGCGUUUCACUGCGACGAGGCGCUCGGGUGUCACCUGCUGCGAAGGACGCGCGCGUUCGCGGGCGCGGCGAUCGACCGCUCGCGAGACGGCGAGCGAUGGGCCAAGGCGGACGUCGUCAUCGACGUCGGCGCGGUGUACGACGCGGAGAAGAGGCUGUACGAUCAUCAUCAGCGGGAGUUCGCGGAGACGUUCGGACGGGGGUUCGGGACGAAGCUGUCGAGCGCGGGGUUGGUGUACAAGCACUACGGGGAGGAAAUCGUGCGCGAGGCGUUGACGCGAGCGAAGCGCGGCGAGGCGCCGGAUGAGAAGACGGUGGAGAAGAUUUACGUGAAGAUGUACGAAGAAUUCAUCGAGGGCGUGGACGCGAUCGAUAACGGGGUGAACAUGUACGAUACGGAUGCGAAGGCAAAGUACAAGGACAACACCGGGUUGUCGGCGCGCGUCAAGCGAUUGAAUCCGGCGUGGGACGAGCCCAAUUCGCCGGAAAAGCAAAUGGAACAGUUCGAAAAGGCGGUGGCGUUGACCGGGGGUGAGUUCGACGACGUGCUCGAGUACUACGCGAGUAAGUGGCUUCCCGCGCGCUCGCACGUGGAGAGCGCGCUCGACAAGGCGAAGAGCGUGCACGAGAGCGGCGAAAUUCUUUACCUCGAGACAUUUUGUCCGUGGAAAGAGCACCUUUACGAGCUCGAAGCCGAACGUCAGAUGACGACGUUGCCGAAGUUUGUGUUGUGGCAAGACCCCAAAGGUUUCCGCGUGAGCACGAUCUCCCUCUCGCCCUCGAGUUUUGAGUUUCGCAAAGGCUUGCCUACGGCGUGGCGCGGUCUUCGCGACGAUGACUUGAGCAAGGCGUCGGGGAUUCCGGGAUGCGUGUUCAUCCACGCCGCUGGAUUCAUCGGUGGCAACGCCACCUACGAUGGCGCGCUCGCCAUGGCCGUAGCGGGCUUACAGAUGGAUUAGAAGACAGACGAUUUUAGAG